AUGUUUGGUGAGCAAAAUCGUUCGGCUAAGCAGACAGUUAUGAAAGCCAUUUUGAAUACCAAAAUGGUUGAAGGAUCAUUGGUUAGGGACCAUGUUCUAAAGAUGAUGGGUCUUCUGAAUGAACUGGAGGUCCUUGGAGCUGUGAUUGAUAAGGAAUUUCAAGUUGAGAUGCUGCAAGCGGCAGAAUCUAAUAUCAAACAGCAAGCUCCAGUUAUGGAAGCGAAUAUUGACAAAACAUCGGUUUCUAAGCCGAGAGGCGAUAAGAAAAAGAAGAAGGAUCACAAGGUUUUGGCACCUGGAGGUGCGGUUGUUGGUGUAAAAAAUCCCAAAGGAAAGUGCUAUCAUUGCAAGGAACCUCAGCAUCACAAAAAAGCAAUCCCCUGCCUAUCUGUCAAAGUUGAAUAA